GCUUGAUUGCGAGCUUGGGCCUCUGAGGCGGCGGAGGUGGGUUUUACUGCGCCCCUCGGGCGCCAGCCGUGCUUCCGCGCGUUUGGUUGUAAAUCGUAGGGGACAGUCUUCCCCCAGCAAGGCGUACGUCUCCUGGAACCAGAGCCUCGAGUGAGGACAGCACUGGGGAAUUUGGGGCGGUUUGACUACUCCCGCAACGUUUUUCGUCACAGACCAUGAAGGAGACCUCCCUGCUGGCGCCUUCUUUAGUUUCCUCAGAUUAUAACCUUCCCAAACCUGCCUGAAGCGGCCAGUUUCCCCUCUCCAGCAAAAUGGUGCUGGCUAACUCAGAUCUGAGCGAUCAGUUGUGUCGUUAACUUGGCUUUCUGGAAAGAAAAGUGAAGCUCUACUUCUAGAACUCGGUCUGGAUUAGAACUUCUGCCUCUUUUGUCCAUCUCUAUAUGUCCACAUUCCUUAGAGAAGAAUCAUUAUACAGAGAAAAUGGCAGAAUCACUAGUGUCUUCUAAAUAGCCAUUAAUCCCACCAAUCCAUCCCAUUUUCAUUCAAGAAGUAUAAGAAAUGCUGAAUAAAAAUUAUUAGUUGCCCGAUUCCACAGAUAAAUUGGAAUAAAUCCAGGUACAGUGGAACAAAUCCAAAUACAGUAACGGGAAUGGAAGUUACUUAUUUUAAACUCAAAUACUAGAUUUUACCAUGAUCUCUUGAAGGACAAAUAGAAUCAAGUUUUUAAAGUUUUACCAGGUAGACUUGCAGUAUAGUUUCACAGAAUAAUCCUUAGAUUUCAAUAAACUUUCAAUAAGAGCUCUCCCCUUAGAUUGUUUAUCAACUAGUCACCCUGUAGAAGAGAUCUUUAGUUUUUGAAAGGUGGUUUGGAGUCAGUUCUUAGAGUGUUACUGGUUCCCAGCUGCUUGGAUGUACCCGGCAUCAUACAGAUCUCAGCAAUACAACUCUGGCCUUCGACAUUUCUCAUCUAUCAGCACAGUGGCAUGCAACCUGGCUAUAAAGAAGGAAGACUUUCAGGCCCCCAUCGUCAGCGGAGCCAUAAGGUGAACUGCAGGAAGGUUCAGCCCGGUACACGUGGGGCAGAGCCAGCCAGGGAGGAGUGGAGAGGCCAGAGCUAUAGCUCUGUGCAGCCCACACGAGGAUGUCUCCCAGCCUUCAAGAAGGUGCUCGGCUUGGGAAAAGCAAACCCCUGCCCUGCUCCUUUUCAAUUGAGAGCAUCUUAGGACUGGACCAGAAGAAAGACUGUGUUCCAUCAAUGAAACCCCACAGGCCCUGGGCAGACACCUGCGGCGCUUCAGGGAAAGAGGUUAACCUAUGUCUACAUGUCCCGAGUCUUCCUAAUGGGAUCUCAUUACCUUGUACUGUGGAUCACUCAGUGCCGGAAGAAAGUGUUUUGAAAUAUGAAGAUUACUUUUCACCCUCAGAAAGACUUUCUUUGAAAAGAGAGUUGAGUUGGUAUAGAGGCCGAAGACCCAGAACCGCUUUUACUCAAAACCAGAUUGAAGUGUUGGAAAAUGUCUUUAGAGUAAACUGCUAUCCUGGCAUUGAUAUCAGAGAAGACUUAGCUCGAAAAUUGAACCUAGAGGAAGACAGAAUCCAGAUCUGGUUCCAAAAUCGGCGUGCAAAGCUGAAAAGAUCCCAUAGAGAAUCACAGUUUCUCAUGGCCAAAAAAAAUUUCAACACAGAUCUCCUGGAAUAGAUAGAAAACUAAACAUGGGGAAUUAUCUUCCAAUUGUGGAAUAUAAAGAAUCAAUGGGGAUAUCAAGUGUUAAAAAUGUGAUGUUUUCUUUUCCGUGUUUAAUCUGAGUAUUGUCUUUUUUUUCUGAAAAUAUAUUGUAAAUAAUUACUAUUAUAACAUGGUACCUAUUAUACUUGGGCACUUUUAGUUACAAUAAAGGCCUUUCCUAUAUAUUUUAAUAAACAUUUUCAGAAAAAGCCAGCUAUUUUUUGUGAGCAAAUUUAAUCUAAUAAAUUAGUUUGCUAAAAUCAGUAAACUCAUGACUAAUUGACUCCACAAAUGGAUUCCAUUUACAAAAUAAUUCAAGUCAAAUAAUCUGAAGAAUGGCACAAAGGUGUGAUUUGUUUCAAUAAGUUUCCUUCAACUGCAUUUUGAAACAUUAUACUUAAAUAUAUUAGUGUGAUUUAUUCGUGAAUCUUUUGUUCCUUUUGAUUUCUGGCAGAAAGCAGUGAGAAUUUCUCACCAUAUAUCAAUACAAAUCCGUAUAGCAUUCCAGUUUCAAGUUGUUUUUUUUUAAAGCAAAGUUAUUAUUGCCAAAGUAGAGAUGUAAAAUCAUGAGUUGUCUUAUUCAUGCCAUUAGUAUUGCAUUGCACAAAAGAACUGAGCUACAAAUAAAUGCAAAUUUUAAAAUGUU